AUGUGUGUGUACGGAGGAGAAACUAGACAGUGAGAAAGAGCGAGGUCUUGGGAUGCUGCGUCGACGCGGUGGCUUCCACUUCAAUACGGAUGCAGAUGUGGAUGUGGAGGUGCUCUUCACUGUGUGCGUGGACGUGGAUGGUGGGCGAUCUCGAUCGGCAGAGCAGCGGGCAGCGUUAGUCGCAGCAGACACGGGUGACGAGCAGCAACGAUCGUUUUUGGAGAGUGCGCCAGGGAUUCCCGAUUAAGAACCGUUCCCCAUCCGAUUAUACCGAUACGCAGCGACCCGAUUCGCUAGAGGAAAGAUCAAAAGGCGCGCGCACGGAUCAGUGAACGCGGUUCAAAAUCGGUUCAGUUUCCAACCGAUCGAUCUCACGGGAGGUCCCGCCGCAAAAAAUUUAAAUAAACUAAGCCGAGAUAAUCCCAAAAUCAAAGCAUAUCCAACCGAUUGUAGUGUCAUUAAGUGUGUGCAGUUCCCGCUUCCCCAAUAAGGUGUGAUAAGUGCGUGAUAAUUUUCGAGGCAAAGGCAGCCCGGCCGAGAGCGAUCGUUUUGGCCCGAAAAUGUGCUAAUCAGAUCUCAGUCUUGGUUCACGGCAUCGCAGCCCGACGCUGCCCCGCACAACUGGCGCCAAUUUGUAUACAAAUUUCAUGCCUUAAUUGAAACUCACAUUAUAGCCAAGUGCGAAAAGUUAACGACUAGGCGACCACCGACAAUCCCCAGCAACGCUUGACCAUCCCAGCGAAUCCAACCGGAGAAAGUUUCACGGCGGAGUUGGCAAAAAGCGGACGGAGAGGGCUACAAUUGCAAUUCUGGAGUUCUUUAAUCAACUGUCAACGGCCGAAAUGGACCCAGAGUCGCAGUGUCCGCAGUAUGGCGAGGUGAACCAGCUGGGCGGGGUCUUCGUCAAUGGGCGUCCGCUGCCGAAUGCGACCAGGAUGCGGAUCGUGGAGCUGGCCCGCCUGGGCAUCCGACCCUGCGACAUAUCCCGCCAGCUGCGUGUGAGCCACGGCUGUGUGUCCAAGAUCCUGGCCAGGUAUCAUGAGACGGGCUCCAUUCUGCCAGGAGCCAUUGGAGGAUCCAAGCCGCGGGUGACCACGCCCAAGGUGGUCAACUACAUAAGGGAGCUAAAGCAGCGCGAUCCCGGCAUCUUCGCCUGGGAGAUUCGCGAUCGAUUGCUCAGCGAGGGAAUCUGCGACAAGACGAAUGUGCCCAGUGUCAGCUCCAUCUCGAGGAUCCUGCGGAACAAGUUGGGCAGUCUGGGUCACCAGCACACGCCGGGAACGGUGAUGGGCAGCGGCAGUAGCAGUGGCGGCGGCAGUGUGUCCAGCAAUGGGGGUCAAAACAAUGGUGCCACUGUUAAUAACAAUAUUAAUCUGGGAAAUUUGAGCAAUCCCGGUGGUGCUGCCCACCAUCCGCACCACCAUCAUCAUCACCAGACGGCGGCCAGUGCCCACCAUGUCCACGCCCAUGCCCAUGCCCACGCCCACUUGUACAACUCCAUUUACCAGCCGUACAGCGCUGCGGCAGCCUACAGCAUGAAGGCGGUGUCCUGUGGGAGUCCUUCGCCUCCCCAGGGGGCGGCUGGCCAGGGAUCGGGGGGACCCCAUCCCCACCAGUUGAGGAGUGUGGCCGCCGCAGCCGCCGCCGCCCAUUGGCCCUCCUCUCACUCGGUCAGCGAUAUUCUGGCCCACCAUCAGGCGGUUGCCCUGCGGGCCAGUUGCCAGGUGGGCGUCGGAGUGGGCGGAAUGGGCAGCACGGUGUCCCCCCUGCCGAUGACCCCCUCCCCGGUGGCGGGAACGGGCGGGGGUCAGCCCCUGCUCGACUGCGAGGGCGGGGCUGGGCAGCAGUCGCCGUACAACUACUACAUGUACUUCCAGAACGGCGGGAUGCACCAUCAUCAUCACCACGGCGGAAUGAUGGCCGCCGGAGCCACGGGAUUAUGAGUGAUUACGGGUUGGUUGCGGGUCUAGCUACUUUCGAUCGCGGUUGUUCAGUCUAGGUUACUCUCGUCUAAGCUCUAAGUUAGGGAUCGGUCAUAUCAUGGCACUCACUUGUCGCACAAAAAUGUAAAUAGAUGAGGUAAAAGAAAAUAAAUACUUGCUGGAAUGUA